AUGGAUCCUAUCGGUGGAUUUCACGAGGUUGAAAAGGAUGGUACACUAACUUUGACAUACCAUCACCCGAAGUACUGUCCCCAACCACAAAUAGAAAUCCCAAUCCCCUCAGCCCCCGAGAACCACCUUCUUUUCUUAUGUCCUCAUAACCGAUGGAGAAAACACGGCCAUGAAGAGUAUUCUCACAGUUUCUUGCUCAGCUAUUCCCCCGAAUAUGUCUUCUCUGCAACAAGAACUCAGCGAAACGAGCCUGAGCCGUCGGUUAAUUUCAAAAUGGUUCAUGAAGAUCAUAUUCUUCCGUUGUUUUGGUGCAACAAUAAAGAAUUUGAUGUCGAUGGUGGGUGCACCAUAUGCUGCGGGUCAAAAUUUGGCACCGACUAUUAUUUUUGUGACUACAGUUCUGAAAUAUACCACAAAGAAUGUGUUGAGUCUCCACUUCAAAUCAAACACCCUUACCACCACCAACAUUCUCUCCAACUUUACUUUCAUCCAUCUCCAGCUCGUAAUCAUGAAUGCGUAUGCUGUGGAAGAGAAGUAAAAUAUCUCGUAUAUACUUGUAGUAUAUGUGAGAUAUUCAUGCAUCCGGUAUGUGCUAUGAAAUGCAACUUUGUAGCUCACAACGAUUGUAUGUAUUUUCCGAGAAUCAUCAAGAUAUCACGUCACAACCAUCGUAUCUUCUACACUUCUUCUCUCCGGCUUCGAGAACGGUCUUGUGGAGUUUGCCGGAAGAGUAUUGAUAAUGAGUAUGGUGCAUAUACUUGUCACAAGUGUGAUGGCUAUGAUGUUCAUCCAAAAUGUGCUCUAAGGAAAGAUGUGUGCGAUGGACUAGAGCUCGAAGGUGUACCAGAAGAUGAUGACAUAACAAAAGAUCUUGGGCCAUUCGAUAUAAUAUCUGAAGGAGUGAUACAAUAUUUUCUUCAUGACCAUCAUCUCCGGCUCGAGGUCAGUACUACACUUUAUGACGAAAACAAGUUUUGUCAAGCAUGUGUUCUGCCUAUCUUUGAAAGUAGUUUCUAUUCUUGUAUGGAGUGCAACUUCAUCCUCCAUAGAACAUGCGCUAAUGCUCCUCGUAGAAUACAAAACCCGUUACAUCGUCAUCCACUUACAUUGAAGGCUAUCAGUGGAUAUGACGAAGGUGCAUUCGAAUGUGAUACUUGCAAUCGUGUUAGCGGUGGCUUUGUGUACCAGUGUUCGAUAAGAGACUGCAACUUUGAUCUAGAUGUACGAUGUGCUUCAAUUUCCGAGCCGUUUGAUUAUGAAGGUCAUGAACAUCCCUUGUUCCUGUCUUUAGACCCAGAAGAGAAGAUAGUAUGCGAGGUAUGCAAAUCAGAACGUCAGGAUAAGUUGAAUUGCAUCAGUUGCGAUUACGUUGUAUGUAUCAAGUGCGCUACCUUGCCAUUCAAAGCGAGGGUUUUCAUGGCGGAAUCUUCCAAAGUCAUUCAUGUUCGCAAUGUUGGACAUGAGAUUUCCGAAAAUGAUCUGCUUCAGCUUUUCCAACCAUUUGGUGUCAUCACUAAGCUUGUGAUGCUCAGGGCAAAGAAUCAGGCUCUUCUCCAAAUGCAAGAUGUUUCUUCAGCUGUUAGUGCUCUUCAGUUUUUCACAAAUGUGCAACCAACCAUAAGAGGUAGGAAUGUGUAUAUCCAGUUCUCUUCUCACCAAGAAUUGACAACAAUAGAGCAGAAUAUUCAUGGACGAGAAGAUGAGCCGAAUCGUAUUCUCUUAGUCACAAUCCACCACAUGCUGUAUCCAAUCACUGUUGAUGUCCUGCAUCAAGUGUUUUCUCCCUAUGGAUUUGUGGAGAAGCUCGUCACCUUCCAGAAGUCUGCUGGUUUCCAAGCUCUUAUACAGUAUCAGAUUCAACAGUGUGCUGCCUCUGCUAGAACUGCUCUUCAGGGUCGUAACAUUUAUGACGGCUGUUGUCAGUUGGAUAUCCAGUUCUCAAACCUUGACGAGCUGCAAGUAAAUUAUAACAAUGAUCGAUCUAGGGAUUACACCAAUCCAAACCUGCCAUCAGAGCAAAAAGGCCGUUCAUCGCAUCCUGGCUAUGGUGAUGUAGGAGUGCCAUAUCCUCAGAUGGCAAACACAGCUGCGAUUGCCGCUGCUUUUGGAGGAGGUUUGCCUCCGGGUAUAACCGGCACAAAUGAGAGGGUUACAGUCCUUGCCUCUAAUCUGAAUGCAGAUAGUAUUGAUGAGGAUAAGCUAUUCAAUCUUUUCUCUCUUUACGGGAACAUUGUAAGGAUAAAGCUUCUCCGGAACAAACCUGACCAUGCCCUUAUCCAAAUGGGAGAUGGUUUCCAAGCUGAGCUUGCUGUUCAUUUCCUCAAGGGAGCGAUGCUGUUUGGUAAGAGGCUGGAAGUAAACUUCUCAAAGCAUCCUAACAUAACACCAGGCACAGACUCGCAUGACUAUGUGAACUCGAACCUGAACCGCUUCAACCGCAAUGCUGCAAAGAACUACCGCUACUGCUGCUCCCCUACAAAGAUGAUUCACUUGUCGACUCUUCCGCAAGACGUGACAGAGGAAGAAGUUGUGAGCCAUGUGCAAGAACAUGGGGCGAUAGUGAACACCAAAGUGUUUGAGAUGAACGGGAAGAAGCAAGCUCUGGUGCAGUUUGAGAACGAGGAGGAAGCUGCGGAAGCACUUGUGUGCAAGCACGCGACUUCUCUUGGCGGAUCAAUUAUCAGAAUCUCCUUCUCCCAGCUUCAAGCGAUAUAA